AUGGAAGAACAACAAGGUUUAGACCGCGAGGAGGUUAUCUCUUUAAUUGCUAGUCAAUUGCGUUAUUAUGGGUAUACAGAAACAGCCCAAUCUUUAGCAGAGGAAUCAAAUAUCCCUAUGGAUUUAGGUACUAGUGCAGAAUUGUCCGAAUUACUUUACUCGGCAACGUACUCGUCAAAAGAUGAAGAGGAUGAUGGGGAUGAGGAUGAGGAAUAUGAAAUUUCUGCAUUGGUUGAAGGUUCACCUUAUUCUGAUGAAGACGCUCAGAGUGAAGAUUUUCCAUCAAAAUGUCUGGCCGAUUUAGAUCCAGAAACGAAUUAUGAGCCAAAGCCGACUCCAAAUUAUAAUCUUUGGUACAUAACAACUCAUCGAGCUGCUGCCACAUGUGUAAGGUUUAAGAAAGAUGGAAAGUUUGCUGCUACUGGUUCUGCAGAUUCAUCGCUUAAAGUUCUCGAUACUAGCAAGAUGAAAAGUCACUCAGAUGAAGAUAGACCCGUUAUAAGAACUUUAUAUGAUCAUACUGGUCGUGUGAAUGAUUUAUCAUUUCAUCCAAAUGGACUUACACUCGCUUCUUGUUCGGACGAUCGUAAUAUAAAAUUAUUCGAUAUCGCAACACAAGGAAUUAAACGAUCAUUUCGAUUUUUACGGGACAAAUAUCCGGUCAGAUCCAUUGAUUUUCAUCCUACCGGAGAAUACAUGCUAGCAGGGACUGACCAUGAGGCUAUUAGAUUUUGGGAUGUUCAAAAUAUUAAAUGUUAUAUUCCAUCUAGUUCACAAUCUAAUCACAGAUUAAGCAUAACUAAGGUUCGAUGGAAUUCAAAUGGUGGACAAUUUGUUUCUUCCUCGCUUGAUGGUACCAUAAAGAUUUGGGAAGGGGAACAUGGAGAGUGUAUUCAAACAAUAGAUAAUGCGCAUAACGGACAAGCAGUUUCAAGCGUAGAAUUUUCUAAAUCUGGGGCAUAUAUACUUUCUAGUGGUUGCGAUUCUACGUCUAAAUUAUGGGAUGCCAAUAACGGCAAAUGCAUUGUAACAUUUGAAGGAGCUAUACACCGAAAUAAUCACGUACAAACUACAUUUUUAUUCGAAGAAGAUUAUAUUAUCAGUAGCGACGAAAAUGAUAAUUCUAUAGUGUGUUGGGAUUCGCGCACUGGAAAAUUGCUUAUACGACAUACGGGAAUCGUUCGAUACGUUGCUGCUUCUCCUACUGAAUCCGGAUUCAUGAGCUGCGCGGAUGAUUUCCGUGUUAGAUAUUGGAAUUUGGAUCCAACUACACAAUCUUAA